AUGACAAAUCGUCUAGAGAACCCACUGAAAUCGCUCAAGGAGUGGUGGUUCAAUCGCCAGGACAACCGUCGGGAGCAAGAGCCCCUGAAAGAGUCUCGUGACCGCCUCCUCGUCGUUGCCACCCUCAUUGCAGCCGUCACCUUCCAGGCUGGAGUCAGCCCCCCCGGUGGCGUCUGGCAGGAAAGCUCCGGUGGCCACUUCCCAGGCCAGGCCAUCUAUGCCUCCCAGGCAGGACAGUUCUACGUGUUCCUGGUGUGCAACACACUCGUGCUUUCAUUCUCCAUCAACCUCAUCAUAUCCCUCACUUGCGGCAUGCCGUUCUUUCUCGAGGUCAUGCUGACCACCGGGUCGAUGGCCAUCACGUACGGCUCAGCGAUCUUUGCUGUCACUCCUAAGUCGCCCGACCAAUUCCGGUGUCUGCUCUUCACUGGCUUCGUGCCAUUCUUGUUGAGGCUGUUGAUCCAGAUGGGCAAGUGUUGCAACCCGAGGCGCAAGUAAUGCGUGUCGGAAAUUGGUCGAUGUUGGUCGAACGCAUAAUUAAUUUGAGAAAUAAUGAAAUGGUGAGACAGUUUGAUAAAUGUGUGCCAACAAACUUUCCACUUGAACGAUCUC